UCAUGUGGGCGUAUUUAACCCGCUGGCGCGAGAUCCUCAGAGCAGCAACACAGCGGUCGACUCGUCUCCAGGUGUGCUGAUUCGCGCCAAAGUCUUUGAAAAAAUGAACUCCAGUAGAAUUGUGAAACACGGGGAGAGGUCAUCUGAGAACAUUAAGAGCUUUUUCACACCAUCCAACAAGAUGUCUGCGUCCUCUAGGAAAACCUUGCAGGUCCUCCAACCCUCAGAUAUCAACAAAGACUUGGGAAGAUCAGCCCAGGCAGGGAAAGUCAUCCCUAAACGGAAACAGUGGGAUAUAGAACAAGUGAAAGGCUCAAAGAGGGUGAAGGCAGAGGUGAAAUCCACACAAACAGAACCAGAGUGUUUUCCAGAUGGCAUCUCAAAUGAAGCAUAUGAGCUGAUGGUGAAAGAAACCCCUCCUUCCACUUACUGGAAAGAAGUAGCUGAUGAGCGACGGAAGGCCCUGUACAGUGUUCUCCAGGAGAAUGAGAAGUUACACAAAGACAUUGAGGCCAAGGAUGAACAGAUUUCCCAACUUAAGAGUGAGAACGAGGAACUUCAAGAGCUGGCACAACACGUGCAGUACAUGGCUGAUAUGAUUGAGAGGCUGACUGGGAAGAGCCCAGACAAUCUGGAGGAUCUGAGGGAGAUUGCCCUUGACGUGGAGGAGGAAGACCAGUGUGAAGAGGAGAGGGACAGUGAAGCUGCAGGUUGGAAUGAGGAAGAGGAGAAUGAUUACAGCCAGAAUGACACAGAGGAGGAAGAUCUCUCAGACCAUGAAGAACCUGGAUCCUCAGAGCAAGAAUAACUGGAGAUCAGUCAUGAGACUUUGACCUAAAAUGCUUUGCAGUAAGUUUUAUCCAGAAUGUACUUUGCCAGAGAUGGAUGGGCCUGCACUGAAAGGUGUUUUAUUUUUAAUAUUACUUUCUGCACUGGUCAGGACCAUUUUGUCUUUUUGACCUUUGAACAAACUGGCCCUUCCUCUUCAGGUAUUAAUUGUAAAGUUAGGUUCUUGAUAGUGUGGAAGUUAUUUGGAGAGAGUGAGUCUGGUAGAUCUGUUCUCCAGUUUUAUUCAUUAAUAACUUAAUGUUUUAGCUGUAACAAUACUGACAGUUCUUUGUCCAUUCUGAAUGUAUUAAGUGACUAAAUUGGCCAGCACUAAAGCAAUCUUGCAAGAUUUUGCUGUUUUGCUGUCCAGUUAGGCCUACAGCAUGCUUAUGUGUUGGUUUACAAACACAAUGUGGCUGUUAUGUUUUAUUGCCAGGUCAAGCCGUGUACAUAUGCAGGAUACAGUGUAAAUAAACUUUUUAUACAGAU